AAUCGGUCACUCGUCCCAUUCCACUGACGGUCGCCGAGCAGUCCACUACACUCGCCGUUCUGCCCUGCAAGUGUGACGCUAGACUGGAACCUCCCCCUCAACACCGCCCGCACACAAGUCCAGUUUAAGUCUACGCGUACUCUGUAGAUAUCAUACGAAAUGGCUAACCGUUCCGUCUCUGUCGCCGCUUUGCUGGCCGUCAUCGCCGCCGUCACCGUCUUCCAAGCCACGUCCGCUUACGUGGUGCCCGAAGUGGUCCUGAUGAGGGUGAAACGCAACCCAGAACCCAUGCGCUCGUUUUCGUACAGCGGUUUCAAUCCCAACGGGCAGAUGUCCGCGUUCACAGGCCUGGCCGAAUAUCCGAUGUUCGGCGGCAGCUACGGACAGGCCAGUCCGUACGGUUACGGGCCGCAGCCGGCCACACAAGACUCUUACGGGUCGCCGGCGGCCACUCAAGACUCCUACGGGCCGCCGCCGUCGGGCGUCGCUGGACAGCAAACGCCGGCCGCCGCCGACUCGACCAACAAACAACAACAACAGUACGGCGGCGCAUUGGCUUCGGGCAGCCAACAGCAACCGCAAGAGUACGGACCACCGAAAUCGGGCGUGCCAGCCGAUUCCAAAGAACAGAGCAACAACAGCGUGGAACAGGGAGACAACAAGAAACAGUACAGAGGUCGCGAUGGUCCGAGCAGCAACGCGGAAGCUUCGUUCAAUGCCUGGUUUCCAAUAAUGUUCGGCGUAUUCCCCAACGGCGCCGGUAGCGGCAACGGUCAAUCGGGUAACCCGAUCAAUCGCGGUAACAACAACCAAGGACAGGGCCAGGGUCAGGACCAAGGUAACUCGUACGGGGGCAACGGUUACGAGAGGUCAUCGGGCACGACGGUGAUCGCGAACAGCGUGAGCAACGGCAGACACGGUGUGGCCACCAGUCACGCGAUCGCUUACGGCAAUCCCAGGUCAUCGCAAUAAUGAACGCGACAAAACGCUAUUGUUGGAAUUAGAAAGGCCACCAGUUAACGAUUUUGUAUAGAAUUAAAAAGCCUUUCUAGUUUUUUGCGAUAUAUAUAUAUAUAUAUAUAUUACGAUGUUAGAUACCGUAAAAUAGGUUGACCGCAUACCUAUAUGUAAACCUAUACUUACAAAAUAUUUUCAAAUUAUAAUUUAUAUAUAUUUUUUUUUUUGCUUAUAAAAAUCGCGUAUAUUAUAUUUUAAGCGGUAUUUUGUAACAAUUGACACAAUAAACCGAUUAAAUAUGAACGUA